AUGCAGCGCACAGGCGAUGCAGCAAUCCAUCUAGUCGAUGGCGCCGGCAAGGAUGCAGGUACAGACCCUGGCGCUUACCCCGCAGCACCAAGAGAAGAGACAAGGGACAAGAAAAAAAGCACAAGAUGCGGAGAGGGAGACAGAAGGAAGUGGGAAGGACAAGAGAAGGAAGAAAAGACAAGAGAAGGAAGAAAAGACAAGAGAAGGGAGAAAAGGCAAGAGAGGGGAGAGGUGCAGGGCGGCAUUCGCCUGACGAAGGGGCUGACAAACCCUUUGUUCUUCUUCUUGGCUCCCUUUGUUUGUUCGAGAGCCAGAAAUGGACAUCGACAUCUGGCUCAAACAAGUCUUGUGGAUCCUAGCCCGACCAAAAGCACCAGAAGCAGAGACGGUAUCAGAAGCCCACUCAAGGCCGCGAAGCAGCAAGACGAGGCGAACAGUUCUUCUGUAUCAAGCGCUGUAUGUUCUUUGCCGCGAAUAAAGCAACCUCGUCGCUGCGACACGCUUCCACCUAGACGAGCCGACCAACCGUUCGUCCGUGACAAAGCGAUAGCUGUCGACCUAGCUAAACACGAAAUCGAGUCAACAAAGGAGCGAACGGACUGA